UACCACGUUGUGGAUAUGCUUUGAAAUUCAGCGUCGACUGAGAAAAUUGGAGUGCAAACAUCUUGGUUUACACUGGAAUAACGUUAGGCAGAACAAUGGGAGGGCAAGUACUGUUGUUUUUCUCGCUCCUCUCUCUCGGAUCGGUGUUCGGACAGGUCAGCUACUCAAUUCCCGAGGAAAUGCCAAAAGGUUCUCUCGUGGGCAACAUGGCAAGGGAUUUUGGCCUGGAUGUUAAGAGACUAAAAUCGGGUAAAGCUCGCAUUUUUACUCGAGACAGUGACGGAUAUAUUGAGCUGAAUAACGAAAGAGGAGUCCUCCUAAUCAAAGACAGAAUAGACAGAGAGGCGUUGUGUGGACAGACGACGCCUUGCGCUUUGCAUUUUAAGAUCAUAUUAGAGAAUCCGAUGGAAUUUUUAAGUGUAACUAUUGAGAUCACAGAUAUUAAUGAUAACCCCCCAUCCUUUGAAAAGAGCGACGUGAAAUUCAAAAUAAGCGAAUCCGCUGUUAGUGGGUCUAAAUUCAUAUUAGAUCGGGCAGUUGAUUCUGAUGUAGGCUCGAAUGGAUUGCAAACAUAUAAACUCGAACCGGCGGAUCAUUUUGUUGUUAGACUGCACGAACAAGCAGAUGGGACGAAAAAUGUCGAAAUGGUAUUAGACAAGCCUCUUGACAGAGAAAAAAAUGAACACCUCUCGUUAGUUCUGACUGCGGUGGAUGGAGGAGAGCCGCAGAUGACAGGAACAAUGCAGAUUCUCAUCACUGUUUUAGACGCUAAUGACAAUGCCCCUGUUUUUACGCAACCUAUUUAUAAAGCAUCUAUAGAAGAAAAUGCAGCAGUAGGAACAGUUGUAGUGACAGUUACUGCGACAGAUUCAGAUCAGGGAUCUAAUGGAAGAAUAACGUAUUCAAUUUCGAGUAUUUUAGAUCAUGCCCGUGGGUUAUUUGAAGUAAAUGAUGCAAGUGGUGAAAUUCGGCUAAAAGGAAAUGUUGACUAUGAAAAAGCUCGAACAUUUCAGAUAAACAUUCGGGCAAGUGAUGAUGGGGGACUAGUUGACUCGUGUAAAGUGAUGAUUGAAGUUAUUGACGUAAAUGACAAUAAACCCGAUAUCCAUAUAUUGUCAAAAUCAAACGUGAUAUCAGAAGAUGCCGUAGCCGGUACUGUUGUGACAAUGAUAAAUAUUGAGGACACAGAUUCGGGUGAAAAUGGCAAAGUACACUGCAGUAUAAAUAAUGAUAUUCCUUUUGUAAUGAAGUCUUCAACCAGUGAUUUCUACACUUUAGUUACAGAUAGUGGAUUGGAUAGGGAGACAGCCUCUGAGUAUAAUAUAACAGUGACCUGCUCAGAUGAGGGAGUGCCCUCCCUCUCCAGCAGCGUAACUCUCACCUUACAGAUCUCUGAUGUGAAUGAUAACUCGCCUGUCUUUGAGAGCAGCUCAUAUGAGGCCUACAUUGUAGAAAAUAACACACCAGGCCUCUCUGUGUUCACAGUGAGAGCCCAGACAGACUCUGACUGGAAGAUCCAACUGCCCGCCUUCUUACUCCCUGGAGGACUCCCUCGUUAA